AGCAAAGCGGACGGACCCCAGUUAGUAAUUAAUUUAUUAACUUGAGACUUCAGAUCAUCUUGAGAUACAAAUACGACCUUAUAUUCCUUUGAAUCUUUCCUAGUAAGUCACCUAUCUUUACUAAACAAAAACGUGCAUUAUAUGCAUAGCUUUCAUGAUUGAGCGGUGGCGGUGGGUGACACGUUAUGGGAGUCCCGAUGAAUAAUUGAGUUCAGUGCUACGGGUAUAGUGCGCAAGAUGCAAGCCGGGGGGCCGGACAGUACGGCGGUUUCUGAAGCCCCCAGCAGCGGUAGCGAGGACUCCGACUGCGAGCCCGGACCAGAGACCGAUGCGGAUGCAGCUCUCACUGAGGAGUGGGCUCGGGAGCUGUUAGCUGGAGCGGGCGUGGUCGACCCGCAUGAGGUACACGUGGAAUCACGGGCAGGAGUUGCAGGAGCCCUCAGUCGUGUCCUGGCUGUGACAGUUUGCUACGAGAGCAAUGGUGAGCGCCGCGCUUUACCGCUCGUCGUCAAGCUGCCUCCGCGAGAUCCCUUCGGGCGGUUAUUCGUUGCCGAGGCACAGUUCGACACCAGGGAGAUUCUGUUUUAUACAGAACUAGCACCAGCUCUCAACAAACUAGCAGAGGAGGCCGUAGGACCCGGAUCGGGCUUACCUGUGCCUAGAUGCGUAAAAGCAAGACUACCUGCUGCGAGACUACACGCGCUCUCUCUUGCACUACGCGAUAGGGAAGGACCAUUGGACCAAAGAUUUGACUUUCUGUUCCCCUGUGAGAGAGCUGCUGCAGGAUACUUGCGCCUCGUGCGGCGAGGACUUCCACAGCUUGAAGCAUUUUUACGAGGACGCCCUGACUGUGUAGAGGAAGCAGCUGCUGUGUCUGCUUUGAGUGCUCGGGCACCUUCUUUACUCGGCACCCUGUUGAGACCUGCUGAACCAGCACCACUUGCACACGCAGAUUUUUGGAGUGGUAAUUUACUCUUCAGGGAAAGAGAAGGUGUUAGCGAAUGUAUAGCUCUAGAUUGGCAAAUGGUUUCUUUAGGAAGACCAAUGGAUGAUGUCGCAUUGUUACUUCUGUCAUCUUUGACGCCGGAGCUGAGAAGAUCAGUAGGCGACACUCUAAUUGAAGAAUAUGGAGAUCGAUUGGAAGCCGAGUGUGCGAGGUUGGGUGCUGCUUCUGCUGGAGUUACAGUUAGGCGGGGUUUGAGGCCGGAUUGGCCGCGGGCGGCCCUCAGGGCAUUGUUAUUGUGUGCAGGGAGCGUCGAUGUUGCAUUGGGAGAGCCUAGAGCUGAGCGACGACUGCUGGAAGCUGUCCGAGAUCUACAUUCACAAGGCGUCCUGGCUCUGAGACCCGAUAAUGAGGCGUGA